AUGGCCAUGGAUCUUCUCUGCAACGCGUACUCUACUGCUUCAGACGUCGACGAUGAACCCGAUCAUGGAAGAACCGUAUUGCCUCCAUCCAAGCGACCCAAGCCCCAGAACCCUUGUCCAAUCACGAAGCCUUUGCCCGUAUGUCGCCCGACCCACAACCCGAAUCUCCCCACCGAAACUCCUCUUCCCGGCAGGUACAUAUCGAAGAGAGAACGAGCAGUCUUGGCUUCGGCUCCGACGACUCCAAACCUUAUCCCGCCAAUUCCAGUCACAACAUCACCAGGUGUGAAAGAUGUGAAGUGGUCACAGCAGGGACUGUUCUUGCUCUCUUGUGGGUAUGACUGCUCAUCAAGGUUAAUUGACAUUGAAAAGGGAUUAGAGGCUCAGGUUUUCAAGGAGGAUCAGGUGGUCCAUGAAUAUAGACGAGGUCUUGGUCCAAUCCUUGAUGUAGAAUUCACCACUGAUGCAAAGCAAUUUAUUUCUUCCUGUGAUGAAUCCAAAGGCAAUAUCAGCGAAAAUUCAAUCAUUGUUUGGGAUGUCUUGCGGCAAGUUCCGCUAUCUAAUCAGGUUUAUGUGGAAGCGUAUACUUGUCCAUGCAUUAGAAUCCACCCUUUUGAUCCAUAUUUUGUCGCUCAGUCAAAUGGAAAUUACAUUGCAGUCUUCUCUUCCAAACCACCCUUCAAGCUUGACAAGUACAGGAGAUAUGAAAGCCAUAGCGUUUCUGGGUUCCCUAUCAAGUGUAAUUUCAACCUGGAUGGAGAAAAAAUUGCCUCUGGCUCCUCAGAUGGAUGCAUUUACUUUUACAACUCUAAAUCCUCUGAGCUUGUGAAAAAAAUGAAGGCGUAUGAACAAGCUUGCAUGGAUGUUGCUUUCCAUCCUGUCAUGCCUAAUGUGAUUGCUUCAUGUAGUUGGAAUGGAGAUGUCUCGGUGUUCGAGUGA